GGAAGUGACGUUUCAGUUAAGUCUGACACGGAAACGGCGCACUUGACCAACAACACAGAAAGACAACUUUUUAUUUGUAUCUAUUGUAAUUAAUCUGUGUUGCGACAAAUAUUAACGAAAGCCCACAAUAGCUUCUAAACGCUACAGUAAAGGCAUUGCAGCUGCUGCAGCUGGAUAAGGCUAGAUAGCAACCAAAGCUAACACUGCGAGGUAUUUCAAUCCCUCUUGCAGUGUGGAGUAGCUUGUUUACGUUACACUCAGGAGCUGUCAGUUUCCAGAAAUGGCCUGCACUUUGGAGAAAGUGUUGGGGGAUGCCAGGAUACUUCUGGAGAGGCUGAAAGAGCACGACACGGCCGCCGAGGGACUGAUAGAGCAGUCCGGGGCCUUAAACCAGAGAGUGCAGGGCAUGAAAGAGGUGGGAAAUGCCCUUCCGGACAAGCACUCGGAAGACACUUCAGAGAUUCACGAGCUGACCAAAUACAAGCCUCAUGUCCUUUUGACUCAAGAGAACACUCAAAUUAAGGACCUGCAGCAGGAGAACAAAGAACUAUGGUUAUCUCUUGAAGAACACCAGUAUGCACUAGAGUUGAUCAUGGGUCGAUACCGCAAGCAGAUGCUCCAGCUGAUGAUGGCAAAGAAGGAGCUUGACACCAAACCUGUGCUCAACCUCCACGAGAACCACGCAAAGGAAGUGCAGAACCAGGUGGAGCGUAUAUGCGAGAUGGGUCAAGUGAUGAGAAAAGCAGUGCAGGUGGACGAUCAGCACUACUGCUCUGUUCGAGAGAGGCUCGCUCAACUAGAGAUUGAAAACAAGGAGCUUCGAGACCUCAUGACUUUUAGCAAGAUCUCUGGGAAGACAGUGAAAGAAGAUAACAGCCAGCCACCAGCAGCAGCAGCAGCAGCGGUAGCAGCUGAAGAAAAGUCCCAUCAGCCAGAGUCCGAAUACUGAUCAGAGCAGCUUCAGUGUAAACUGUAGGUGGGGCAAGUGCUUCAGGACAAGGAAAAAAGGGUGGAUGAUCUAUUGACUGUGUUCACUACAUUAUUUUUUUACUAAGGAUGGAAUGCAGCAUAUUUUUUGUAGCUGAAGCCACUUAAACACAACAUCCUAGUUUUCACAUGCACUGACGUGGAGGUAUAUCUGGACAAUAGCUCUUGGUGUCAUAUGUACAGUAUGUGUAUUAUCACUUACAAGUAUUCAAUUGUGACUAGCUUAAGAUUCACAUUCAGGGGAGUAAAGUCAGUAAAAGCAAAGGGGAUUUAUUUUGUUUUUGGCCAAAGAUAUAUUUACUCCUCAAGACACAGUUUCUACCUCUUUGGUGCCCCUUUGCUGUUGUCGCAUAAUCAUGAUGUGUUAAGUACUCAUAACCAGCCCUCAUAUGAGUCCACUUGAAGUCCAUAAAGAAGCCAACUUGUAGUCUUCACUAUUUUAAAAGGCUGUGCAAAAAGUGUGCUCUGCCAACCAGAUGAGUUUUUCACGCGGUUUGCCUGCUGAGAAGUGGAUCAGUUGUAUGUGAUUGUUUAUCAUUUAAUGAACUUAAUAUGUCUGUUUGUAGAAUUCAUAUAUAAAGUGACCCUGCUGAUGGCACAUCUUUAUUUAUGGUAACAAUUUCAAAAAUUGCCAAGUUUUUGUGUAAUGGAUAUCAGAUAUUUGCGCACUUUUUGUGUCAGUAAUUGUGUAUUGUCAUCUCAGGAAAUCAGUGUUAAUAACGUAAACAUGCUGUAUUGACUUCAUGACGGUGUGUACUGAUAUGUGUCAAAUGAUAUUUCAUUCAGAAACCUUACAAUGCAUUUGCAAUAAAAUAUAUUGUUUUUGUGA